AUGAAUCUCCGAUUGACAAAGCUCGAGUCUAUGGACCGUCUGCGAGAUCUCACGGCGAAAUGCUUAGUCCAGGUCUUGACCACGGACGAAAGCGCCGACAGACUCAAAUCCUCAUUCGAUAGAAUCUUCGCACGGCUCGAAGAUAAAGAUCUUUCUUUGAAUGAAUCAGUUUGCCUCGUGUGCGAGCUUUCAGUAAAACGGGAACUGAAAAAUGCCGCCAAGUGGCUCCGGGAGGCUCUCGAUCUUUACAACCAACAGCUCGAGUCUCUGGGUAGGUAUCACAAAAGUCUGAUCGGAGAGAUGGUCGGCCAUAAUGAGAUGAUGCGGAUUCUUACCCGACAAGUCGAGCUUUUGAAUGAAAAGGUCGACUGUUUCACCCAGCGGGCCGAACUUCUCGAAAGGGACGACGAGCAACAAUUUGAGAAGAUAUCUAUCUGCGUCUAG